AGACGUUGUCAUCAGGCAACACUCCACCGCGGCGAAUAAUUUUGAGGUUACGUGAGUGUGCUUUUGGGAAAUGCGUGGCGUGUUUUAUUGUCUAUUUUCCGCGGAAAAUUGGAAAGAAAAUGACUGAGAAGCUCCUGGAGAAUGUCCAUGACAGCCUCCCAGACCCUACUCCGUCUGGGAGGUCAAUUGUCAUUCGCGGAAAAUAUUCGUAUUAUCACUACAACUGCGAUGGAUUUCAGGAUGCGGGAUGGGGCUGUGGCUACCGCACUCUGCAGUCCAUGUGUUCCUGGGUGAAGAACUGUAAGGAGAUCACCAGCAGGGAAGUGCCCAGCAUCUUGACAAUCCAAGAAACUCUGGUGAGUCUCAAUGACAAGCCGCAGAGCUUUGUGGGCUCUCGUGAGUGGAUCGGUGCGCUGGAGGUGUUCUACACCGUGGACACGCUCUUCGACGUGUCCUGCAAAAUUGUGCACAUCCCGUCGAACGGUGACGUGAAGAAGUACGUGAGCCUGAUCAAGCAGUACCUGGAGGAAUACGGCGGCUUCAUCAUGAUGGGCGGCGACGUGGACUGCAGCUCCAAGGGCAUCGCUGGUGUUCACAUCGCCGGCAACGAUGCAUACCUGCUCGUGGUGGAUCCACACUUCGUCACAACGUCCGGUAGCGCCACGCGCGAGGAGAUCCAGCGCAGACACUUCGUCAAGUGGCAGCAUACGUCGGAGUUCCUGGACAGCUCCUUCUACAACCUGUGCUUGCCGCUCGUGCAGGGGCCGCAGAGACAGUGAAUAUU